AUGGUCGCCAUCAAGAAUCUUUCUAUCACCUCGGCCGUCGUGCUCGGCCUUUCCGGUCAAGUUCAGGCUGCUCCAAUGGCCAAGUCAGACCUCGCCACAAGGUCAGGAGCUGACUCUGAUCUCGAUGUCAGAGACCCUUUCUUGGGUAGGAUUAUUGGCUCUGUCUUCGGCGGUCGAAAGGGCCGCCGCGACCUGGAAGAGCUCACCGAGCGUGACCUUGAUGAGCUUGAAACCCGCGACCCGUUUCUCGGCAGAAUAAUUGGCUCCGUCUUUGGUGGCCGCCGAGGUCGCCGUGAUCUGGAAGAACUCUCCGAGCGUGACAUCGACCAGCUUGAGGAGCGGAGCCCCAGAUCGCGUGGCUCAGGGCUAGCCCGCCAUGCCAUCAGCACAGCGGGAAAGGUUGGAGUGGCUUGGGCCAACAACCAACGCCGUGAUCUUGAAGAACUCUCCGAGCGCGACCUUGACGAGCUUGAGGAACGGGAUCUUGAUGAUCUUGAUCUUGAAACUCGCGACCCCUUCCUCGGCAGGAUAAUCGGCUCAGUUUUUGGUGGCCGCCGAGGUCGCCGUGACUUGGAAGAGCUCUCCGAGCGCGACAUUGACGAGCUUGAGGAGCGGGACCUUGACCUUGAGGCUCGUGACCCCUUCCUUGGCAGGAUAAUCGGCUCAGUCUUUGGCGGUCGCCGCGGCCGCCGCGACCUGGAAGAGCUCGUCAGCCGAGAUCUCGAGCUUGAGGAGCGAAGCCCCAGGUCGCGUGGCUCUGGGCUCGCCCGCCAUGCAAUCAGCACAGCAGGAAAGGUCGGAGUGGCUUGGGCCAACAACCAACGCCGUGAUCUGGACAGUGAGAGUCUCGUUGCUCGCGAGUUGGAGAACCUGGAUGAGCGAGAUCUCGAGUACCUCUAUGCGCUAUAUCUGAGAGAUAUGGAGGACAGCGAGGAGUAA